CGUUGAGUCGACGGGCCUACGAGCAGACUGGGAGAAGACUGCGUCGCAGAGAACGCGGGUAGGUAGGGUGGCAAGAAUGGGUGUUUGGACAGUGUCCGCAGACACGGACAAAUUUUAAGAGUGCUGGACAGCCCGGAGAUGAGCGCGUUUCGCGAUGCACGGUGGGAACAACAAUAGAUGACAAUUGGGCGCUGUCAGGCUGGGGCUGGGGCUCUGGCGACCGUAGCUAUGUGUGUUGUGCACUCGCUCGGCGGGGGUGGGGGAGCAGGACGAGGAGAGCGCGACACGCAGGCCGUCGCCGCCUCGGACGACCUGGAGUAUAUAUGGGGGAAAAGAGACGCCUGGGCGCGUACCCCGCCUGCCAGCGAUUCCCACGCACCCGACGCGCUGAUGGGUGGCGGCGUCCGGCGGCGUCUGUCCGCCAUUCCCGUCGACGUUGACUCGAUAUAUGGCAGCCUUGUGGCAGCCCAGUGGCAGCCUCGCCUUCCCUGUCUGCCCUCCCCGUCUGGCCCAUGCGGCAUCCACGACGUCCGCUCAGAGCAUAGCCAGCAUCCUGCCAUUUCGGGCCAAUUACGCCCUUCUCCGCCCUGCUCUGCGCACCAUGCACCGAGCACUUCACAUCCUCGAGCGCCCGAGCGGUAGCCCCUUCUGCGUCAUAUCGCCUCGCUCCGUUCACAUCGUGAUACAUUCGUGAGUGCGAGACUGCACCAUGUCACCCCGCGAGUACGCAGCGCGCCCGGGUUGCGGCGUCUUGCAUCUGUAAAACGCCGCUCGUAUGUUCAGACG